GAGAGAAUAAUAUAGAGAACAUUAUUAUCUUUCUUACUUUACUUUUUCUCCACUUUAACUAUUUAUUAUCAUUUUUUCAAAACGAUUGCAAAAAAGAAAUGACUCAAGCAACGUGGGAAAAAAAGUACAGUUUAGUGAAAUCAUUAUUAAAAAAUAAUCUGAGUUGAAUAUAUAUUAUAUGGGGAGCAUUAGGGUGCCACCAUAGUUAGAGUGACAACAUACCACCAAUCUCGUGCAGCUAUGUUGCACGCUAUCCAGCAAUAUUAGGGGCGUAUUCAGCAAUAUCAAAGUAAGCGUUUUAGAAGAAUUUCUACAGAUUGCAUGAUAGUACUACGUGGAUUGUUGGGUGGAGUGCUGAGUAUUGUUGUAUUAGCUAUACAGCAAAAUAACGGUAUAAAAAGGCAAUUUGUCUAUAUAUAUACUGCAACUGAAACAUUCUAUGCCUAUACAGUAAUACUCAACAAUCUACACAGCAAUCCACCUAUUACUAUCAUGCAAUCUGUAAACGCAUACUAAAUGAAUAUUACUGGAUAUGCCUCUAAUAUUGUUGGAUAACGUGCCACGUGGCAGCACGAGAUUGGUGGUACGUUGUCACUUUAAAAAGGGUUGUCAUCUUAACAUAAUCCUAUAUUAUAGUUAUAAAUUUAUAAUUAUUGUUUGAAUGAUAAAUAUGGUUUUUGAUUAAAGAGGUGAUAUGUAUAUGUUUUCGCUUGGAAAUACACCAGUAUUAGUUGUGAAUAAAUAUGAUGUAAUAAAAGAGGUGAUAACAUGCACAUCGCUCGAAUUGGCGAAACCUUCAUUUCCUGGGUUAGAUUUGGAGGCGUUGCUUGGCAACGGCAUUGUGACAGCAAACAGCAACAGUUGGGCUUAUCAAAGGAAGAUCUUGCUCCUGAAUUGUUUAUUGACAAAGUCAAGGGAAUGACAAAUUUGAUUGAACAAUCAACAUUGGUGUUGAUAGACCCAUGGAAGGGUCUGAUUGAUGCUGAAGGUGGCAAAACAGAUAUUAAAAUUGAUGAUUACUUGAAAAAAUUCUCAGGAGAAGUAAUUUCAAGAGCUUGUUUUGGAAGUAGCUAUGCUGAAGGGGGAACCUCUUUUUCACAAACUUGCUGCGCUUCAACAAAUUACAGCCAUGAAAGGAUUCUGUCUGGGCAUUCCUGGCAUGAGACAUGUGCCCACAAAGCACAAUAGGAAGUCAUGGAGGCUACAGAGAGAGAUAUAAGAGAAUUGAUAUUGACAUUAUUGAAACAAAAAAAAUGAAGAAAAUAUGGACAAAAAUAUGCUUGGAAUGAUUCUCAAAGGGGCAGCAGAAAGCAAUAAUAAACC